UAAAAAUUUGUCAGACAUGGGUUUGGUAAACAGAAGGGGAGAUACAUAGAUAACAAGAUGAUUCAUCCAUUCAAUUUCAACUCACUGAACUAUGAACAAUCUAUCACUCUUUGCCUUUCUCUGCGCCAUUUCGGCGCACUCCAUCGCCGUCGCCGCUACCUCCGCCGCGUAUCCUUCCAUCCCCGGCGCGGACACCGGUGAGUGCUCCCUCCGUGGCGACACCGUCGACGGGGUUCUGGUUCCUCCGCGGCGAGAGGUGUACGAUGGGGGGCGAAUCUUCGACAUCAGCCACAGGUACUCCCCGGAGUUGCCGGUGUGGGACUCCACUGAGGGGCUCGGUGAACACUUCCUGUGGCUCGAAAAGGGCAUGAAGAAUGGCUCGCGCGCUAACAACUCCGCCAUGAAGCUCGGUGUUCACACCGGCACGCACGUCGACGCGCCGGGUCACUUUUUCGAUAAUUACUACGACGCUGGCUUCGACGUUGACUCACUCGACAUAACGCUUCUCAAUGGCCUUGCACUUUUGGUUGAUGUUCCACGCGACACAAACAUUACUGCUGAGGUUAUGAAGUCCUUGAAUAUCCCUAGAGGUGUACGACGUGUGCUUUUCAGAACUUUAAAUACUGACAGGCGACUCAUGUUUAAGAAAGAAUUUGACACAACCUAUGUGGGAUUCAAGGAGGAUGGUGCAAAAUGGCUAGUAGAGAACACUGACAUCAAACUUGUAGGAAUUGAUUACUUAUCUGUUGCUGCUUAUGAUCACUCCAUUUCCUCUCACGUUGCUUUUUUGGAAAGCAGGGAAAUCAUUCUUGUGGAAGGCCUAAAGCUUGAUGAUGUCCCAGCAGGAAUAUACACACUUAAUUGCUUGCAUCUUAGGUUGGUUCAUUCUGAGGCGUCCCCAAUUCGAUGCAUUCUGAGUAGAUGAUGUGGUGUCCAUGUCAGUUUGUGGUGAACCAUGAUUUUCAAUUGCACGGGUGAAAUUGCUGCAAGAAACAAUGUCCACAACCACAAGAAGCAGUUUGAUGCAAAAUUGCAAGCUAAGCUGAAGUAGUAUGUUGAAUUGUCUUCUUUUACGUCCGUGGGCUGUAAAGUACUACUCGAUAGCGUUUGUCUUAUAUCUGUUAUCACUUGUCCGAUUGUGAUUAAACUUCAGUUCCGUACUACAGGGUCCACCCAAAAUAAACUUAUGUUUUCAAUAUUUACUUGUUCAA